GCCCCCCGGCCCCCUGGCAGCCAGGCCCCCUACAGGGCCAAGCAGCCACAGGAGGUGGAUGCGGAGGCCUGGGCCCACGUCAACUCCGAGGGUGGCGACACCACCAAUGCCACCCUCAUCCUGAGCCGGUGGAAGGUCCAGUUUGGCAAAUACCAGGGGAAGACCUUCCACUGGCUGCUGGAGAAUGACGUGGGCUACAGCGUCAAUCUUGUGGCCUCCCACAAGAAGGAGCGAGAGAGGACAGGGUCUCAGUCCCCGCUGAUGGCCAACAAGGAUGCCUUCACCCGCUACUCCUCGGCGUCCCCUGACUUUGUGGAGGCAGUCAGGUUCCACCAGGCGUUCGAGGAGGCGCGGGUGAAGUCCCUCCAGCCCGGGCAGGAGGGACAGGCACUUGUUGGCUUCGGGGACUUCAAAUUUGAGACCCUGCAGAGCCUGUAUGAGUCUGAGGACUCCAAAAAGAUCCGCUUUGUCAACUACCUCCGGAGGAAGGCGCCAGCUCCCGGCACGCAGAUGGAGAACGCCGUCCACUAUGUCCGGAAGAGAGACAGAGAGCAGAGAGCCAGCGCUGCUGCUGCAUCCUCCACCACCAGCAGCACCAGCAGCAGCAGCAGCAGCAGCAGCAGCAGCGGCGGCAGCCAAGCCUCUGUCUCGGCCGCAAGCCAGAGAGCCAAGAGUGUCUCACAACCUCUUGGACCCAUGCUUGCGGCCUUUGUCUCCGGGCGGCGUUCUCUGUCUGCGGUGGAAAUGCAGGCCAAACUGAAAAAGUUGGUCCCCAAGCCUGCAUUUCCAGCCUCUUCCUUCCGGCCCUUUAGACCAGCUCUUCCCUCCGCUUCCACCGGGGAGCCCUCGGAUGAAGAGCUGGUCGAGGCGGUAGUUGACUUGGAGAAGUCCUCAGACGUACAGGCCCCUCUCUCGCUCCUGCCGCAUCCACCUCCUCCCCCUUCAUCAGCAGCACAGAAGGGAGCUGGUGUCUCUGCCGUGGACGAGCCCACCGACAACGAGCUGCUGGAGGCCUCACAGGAACUGGACCGGCCCCUGCAACCUCCAGCAGCCGUGCCUCCUCCUCGGACCUCCUGA